AUGAAGAUGGAGACUCUGGCGUACUUGGCGCGCUCGGAUAGCUCGGAUUCGGACGACUCCAGCGACGGGAGCCCUACACCUCUGGACCCGGAGUACUGGCGAGGGAUCACGCAUUCAAGAGAGGUGGCGCCAGCGCGCAGCUCUUCCUACAGACACCCAAGUAGAGUGGAAACACCUUCUUCUCACCACUACGACCACCGCAACUACGCGCCGGCGACCUACCCCAUGUACGAUCAGAAUCCGCACCAACGCCCUAUGACGUCGCCCAACGUCAUGAUGCAGAGCCACGGAGUCUACACAGGCCCUAGUGCCCGACUGUCGCCGAUUAACUACCAGAUCGGAUCGCCUAUCUGCCCAGUCUCACACAUGGAUGCAAUGCUCGAAGGGAGCUACAUGCCACACUCUGGUGGGACGAUGUUACAUGGAGGAGGAGCCGUAAUGCAGCGGUCAGCAGGGUGGAGCAGAUCACAGCCUCGGAACUAUCCAACUUCCGUGCCCCCCGCAUCGACACCGCAGCAUCUGAAGCUUCAAAUUCGGGAGGCGCUGGUGCGAGCGCAGGCGUACCUUGACUUAGUUCCGUUUUUCCAGUCGUACGAUCUAUCAUAUGCUGGAGGAGUCCGGCUGGGGGUGAUUCAGGAAGCGCUGGCCAGAAUGGGGGUGAUCCUCGGCGACCAAGUGCUUCAGAGUAUCGGCCAGCUUUUCAAUGUCCCAGGGUCUGGCCUGGUGGACUACGUGGCCUUCGGCCGGUUUCUUGAACUUGACCGUCAGGAGCUGGAUAACAUGCGGUCGGUGGUGGCGACUCGACGGAGUGUUUUAGCGAAUAGCGGCAUCGAACUUGGUGAUCUUUUUGCUCAGUAUGACUCGCACCACACUGGAUUUGUGCCUCGAUCGACGUUCGCGACGCUAUUACAUGACUACAGCAUCAUCAUACCGGAAACGACGCUGCACUUCUUGAUGAUAGAACUUGCGAAGCCUUCCGAUACGACGUGUGUUUCGUACGUGCGAUUUCUCGAAAUGACGGACGUGGGAGUUGCAAGGGCAAAUCCACCUCACAGCCGCACGAUGGAAAACUUUCCUCUUCACUUCAGUAGCUUGGGGGGUCAUCGAUCGGAUCCAUUCGCGCAUGAAAGCCCAGCUCGAGGCUAUGAGGUGCAAACUGCAGUACCUGUAGCCACACAAGCCACCAGAGUCGUGGAUCAUGCCUCUACUAGCUCAGACUUCGCUACUCCUCUACCCAGACUUGGUUGGGUCUGCCGAGUGUGUGCGCAUCAGCAGAUCGCGGAUUGGGCCACUCACUGUGAAAUCUGUGAAACAUCAAAGCCACGACCUGGGCUGCGUGGUGAAGGGUACAUCAAAUGCUUGCUCUGUAAAUUUGAUAACAACUACGACGUGGACGAGUGCGAGAUGUGCGGGCGGCCUCUGAAUUCUAGCAGCAAGAAGCUGUCGAAAGCAGCAGACAAGAAGCGCAGAUCGAAAAAGCGCUACGUCUCGAGCUCUUCGUCCAGCUCUUCUUCUUCUUGGUCUUCUUCUUCUAGCCCAUCAGAUCGUCGCCGAACCAGGAGACGCAAGUCAGAGAAGCGCUCUCGCUCGUCUCGAUCAACUCAAAAGAAGGAAGAGAAAAAGCCUCGGUUCCAACGAGGGGAGGAGAUUCAAGCCAUUCCACUUGGAGAAAGAGGCUAUGAGAUCGGUGUGAUUGCUCGCGUCCGGCCGAAUGGGACAUACGAUAUUGAGUUUGACAGCGGGCUAUACGAGAAAAACGUCGAGGAAAGUUGCAUCAUUGAACUUUCGCGAUCCCGUGUCAUUAAAGCCAGGGAUGUAUCGGACGGAGAAGAAACCAAGAAACAGCCGAAAAUGACAGAGUCUGAUGAGGAGCGUGAUCCCGGCUACGAACCUGGGGAUCGAGUCGAAGCUCGAUUCCAAGGACGAGCAAGAUUUUUUGCUGGUGUGAUCAAGAAGUGCCGUACUAACGGUCUGUAUGACAUCGAAUAUGAUGACGGUGAAGUUGAGGUACGAGUUCGCCCCAAAUACAUCAAACCAGAGGAGGCCAAGAAACAGCAUACGCUUCCGCCAAAAGAAGACGCUGUCAAAGUGUCUUGGGAAAAGGGACAGAGAGUAGAAGCUAAAUUACGUGGGCAUGCAGAUUACGUGAAAUGUAUCGUGUUUCGUGCGCAUGACGAUGGUAGUUGCGACUUGGAAGCAGAAAAUGGUGAGCUGCUCAAGCGCAUACCGGGCGAUAACCUUCGAAAGCGUGCUAGCUCGCCGGUGAAAAAGCCAAUUCUCGUGAACGACGAUGAAUCGAUCCGUCCAAAGCGACCCUUGGUAAAAAGACCAAGUGAACUUUCCGCGAGUGACGAUUCCUCUGCGCAACCCAACGUAAGAUUUAAGCAAGGACAGACAAUUGAAGCUAAGCGCAAUGGCCAGCCUAUAGAGGCUCAGUACAAGGGCAAGAGCAAAUUCUACCCGGGCGUGAUCUCGCGCUGCCGUCUGAACGGCACGUACGACAUCGACUACGACGACGGCGAGAAGGAAACGGGCGUGGCGGCCGAGCUGAUCCGGCUGCUGGGCAAGAAGGGCGGCGGCGACAGCGACGACGACCCGAAGCAGAAGAAGUUCCGGGAGGGCGACAAGGUGGAGGCUCAGUACAAGGGCAAGAGCAAAUUCUACCCGGGCGUGAUCUCGCGCUGCCGUCUGAACGGCACGUACGACAUCGACUACGACGACGGCGAGAAGGAAACGGGCGUGGCGGCCGAGCUGAUCCGGCUGCUGGGCAAGAAGGGCGGCGGCGACAGCGACGACGACCCGAAGCAGAAGAAGUUCCGGGAGGGCGACAAGGUGGAGGCUCAGUACAAGGGCAAGAGCAAAUUCUACCCGGGCGUGAUCUCGCGCUGCCGCCUGAACGGCACGUACGACAUCGACUACGACGACGGCGAGAAGGAAACGGGCGUGGCGGCCGAGCUGAUCCGGCUGCUGGGCAAGAAGGGCGGCGGCGACAGCGACGACGACCCGAAGCAGAAGAAGUUCCGGGAGGGCGACAAGGUGGAGGCUCAGUACAAGGGCAAGAGCAAAUUCUACCCGGGCGUGAUCUCGCGCUGCCGCCUGAACGGCACGUACGACAUCGACUACGACGACGGCGAGAAGGAAACGGGCGUGGCGGCCGAGCUGAUCCGGCUGCUGGGCAAGAAGGGCGGCGGCGACAGCGACGACGACCCGAAGCAGAAGAAGUUCCGGGAGGGCGACAAGGUGGAGGCUCAGUACAAGGGCAAGAGAAAAUUCUACCCGGGCGUGAUCUCGCGCUGCCGUCUAAACGGCACGUGGAUCAAAAUUGUCGAAUGGAGUACCAAGACAAUUACAUCGAGUUGGUUCUCGUGUUGA